GGACGGCAGUUUCUCAGAGCAGGAAAUGACUUGACCUCCCCUGUGGGAGACUGGCUCACCCUGACAACAACCCCCACGGCUUUAAGCAUCCUGGGUCAUCCACCAGCGCCCACAGAGGACCAGGGAGCAACAGCAGAGCAGAAAGGCUGCUGGUCCAGGUGGAAGAAACGUUGACAUUUGGAUAGCGCUUUCACCCCUACACAAGAAAACAGAACACAUCAAAGGGAUUGAGAGUAUUAAGAUGACAGUGAGUGAGGACACAUGUUAAUAGCGGCAGCUUGAGGGAGUUACUGUCUUUCUGCUGGCUAGAAUGAAGCCGUGAUGGGUUUGAUGGAUACGAAACAGACCUGCCUGCUUUUUAAAACUACAAUACAUGCCACAACAUGGCCGGGAGUCAGAAUAACUACUGGGGACAACAUGACCUGAAUAGAGAGUGCUUUGGCCUGAGUGCAGACAUGGAACAAAACUUGACGCAGCUUCAACAACAGCAAAUGGCCAAGGAGUUAAACGGCAACAUCUCCCUCUCCCAGUCUCCUUUCUACUCCUAUACGCACCGCCUUGCGUCUGAUAACAUACUGCGUCCCCAUGACGGAGACCAGGUGGUCCCUUCUUCCCAGAGACAGACAGUGUUUGAGGGCCACCAGAGAGAAGCCAAACCCCUGCCGCCUCUGCCCGACUCCGAAGAGCUCAUGUCUGAUGAGGCGGCCGACAGUGAGGUGGAGUUUUUCACUAGUGACCGACGGCGUCUUUUGCCCAAAAGUUGCCCCAAGGCCAUGUGCAGGGGCAUGAACAAAGACUUUGGGCAAGUGAAUCACGCCUACCAGGAGAGCUCCCGGGCUGGGUCAGGCUCCAUGGCUUUCUCCUGGCCGGGCAGAGAGAACAGACCAACAGGUAGAGGAAGUGGGUUUUGGUCGCUAGCUGUCCAGAGAGAAGACCACCAGCAGGUAGUGUAUUCAGGCCCUCCUUCCAUCCCUCCCCAAAGCAGCACCACUGACCGGCCACAAAUCCCUCCUCGUAUUCCCAUCCGGCCAAAACCUCCCACUCUCUCAAAGACUGCGAGUGGCAACGAGGAAGACAAACCUCCCAAAAUACCUCCAAGGGUCCCCUUAGUCCCACCCUGCCCACCGCGCACCCCGAGUCCCAAAAGCCUUCCGAUCUAUAUUAAUGGUGUUAUGCCUGCCACACAGAGUUUUGCUGCUAACCCGAAAUAUGUGAGUAAAGCAUUACAGAGACACCAAAGUGAAAGGGUGCCACCUGCAGCUCAGUUUUCUCCCUGCAUUGUGCCCAUUUUGAAGGAUGGCAGACAGGCUAGCGCUACGCACUACAUCCUCCUGCCGCCCGGCCGCCCACCGUAUUCGGACAGGCGAGAAAGACUCCUGAGUGAACCGGUCCGGACAGGAAACAGCAGCAUCUGGCAGAACCGAUAGAAAGCUUCGCUUUCGUCACCGACUGAAACUUAAUGAGAAACUGUGAUUGGCUCAUUAAUAACCACGUGGUUAGAUGUUGUAGGAACAUCUACAUGCUACAUUCAUACGUCUAAUGUCGUAUUGGUGUUAUUUUCAAUGACUACAACACUGUGAGGUUUUUGUCUGUUUUAAACUGAACAUUUUACCCAUCAGUAUUUUAGCAAAGUGGAAAUCAUCAUAACAUUCCAGUAUUUCCACUAAUAGUGGAGAAAUAUUUAUAUUACCUUUUUCAAUUGUGGUUUUCUGAGAUGCUGCAGUUUUUUCAAAGGUGUCAUUGUUAAUUCUGACAACUUUUUGCUCAGAUAACUAAUACUAGAGAAAAUAAUUACUGUAUGUACAAGCUGGGCUUGUACUAAACCCUUCAUCCCAUGUUCAACCAUUUUUUAUGACAAUGCUGCUUGAAAUCUUAGGUAUGAUGUAUGGAUGGAUUAAAUGUUUUGCUCAAUCAUUUUCACAUUAAGAUGUAUGGUAAAUUGAACAAUGAAGCAAAUAAUGGAACAACACAAUGAACCAAAAAAGGUUUGAACUACACCUGAAAAAAAAACAACUCUUAACUGCUGUGUUUAAUUUAGUGCACAUGCCUGUUGCACGUUAUUUGUGCAAGUGCACUUCAUUUUUUCCUAUUUUGCUUUGCAAUCAAUUUACAACCUGCUAAAUCCUACCUGCAAAAUACUCAACAUGAUGAUUCAAGCACCCUCUGUUGAAUGAUAGUCUAUGCUAAUGUUCACAAAGUAGAAUAGAAGGUAAAAUUCUAUCCACCACCAGUUUGUGACUGAAACCUGCAACCACACUCAUCGAUUGACAGGCUCUUUAAUACAUGAAGAACACACUUUUGUUUUCAGUUUUCUAAAGCUGUUUUUUCAGGUUUUCCAUCAUUAAUGUUAGGAGUAAAAAGCCUUAAUUAACAGUUAUGUUCAUGGUUUUAUUGUGUAAAUGCAUUUAGCUCAAACAAUGUAUAUAUGGUCUGUGUGUGAGGGCAUGGAAGUCAUGUUACGUUUACACUGUUGAGGUUUACAGCCUCUGUUACGUCAACAGGUUGGAAGUUCUCAUGAAGAUUCUGUGUCAGUUUUGGCCCAAGCUAAGGCUGUAUGUAUGUUAAUAAUGUGCUUUUGUCGAUAGUAAAUCAUUGUAAAAUUGUUUUAAUCUAUUUAUAGAAAUAAAAUAACUUAUUCACUCUA